AUGGUUGCACAAAUUGGAAUCAAAUUUCGUUCAGUGGAAGAAUAUGCAAAAUUGCGUGCAUCUUUACUCAAAAAUGUAAACUUUUAUUCAUGCAUCCCGUUUUCUUCUCUUAACAACAGUCUUUACUCAUCUGUUUUAUUCAAAGAUGAGUUUUUACCCGAAAAACUAGCAGUACUAAUGGAUAUAUCGGAAAUAAAUGACGAUAAUGUUGAAAUUAUCCAGUAUUUGUCCCUUAAAAUCAUUCUUUUUACUGCGGAACCAUCCAAUAACUUCGAAACAGCAAUUAAAAUCCUUGAAUUUACAUCCAAAGUUCCUAACUUACUGUUUAUAUAUCUAUGUGAAGAACCUCAACAUUUCAUAGACUUACACAUUUUAUGCAAUUACUCACCAAAGCUUUCAUGCGCAAUUAACUUCCCAUUAGAAGUAUCAAAAUACAAUAUUAUUAAGACAUUAAACAUUAGUAAUGUAUUUCUUCAAGAAUCUCAUUUCAAUCAAAAUAAUAUUCAAGAAAAAUACGUUUCAAUCUUAGAAGAACUUACAGAAAGAGAGAUACCAGCGUUUAUUAGUACUGAUUUAUCCAACUUUGAGACAAAAAUUGCUAAUCUUUAUUCAAAAUUUGAUAAAAUUUCUCAAAAAACUUACAAAUACACACUAUCUAAUCCAUUACAACCAUUAGCGAACCAACUGACAUCAUCAACGUACCAAGUAUUUGAAUCAGAUCAUACAAAAUAUGAUUCAUAUCAAAUGGCCAUCGAAAAAGCCAUUAAAACCAAAGGUGAAAAAGCGAUUGCUGCCGUUGUUGGAGCAGGAAGAGGUCCUCUGGUAGACAGAGCGCUCAAAGCAGGUGCAACUAACAUCUAUGUAAUUGAGAAGAAUCAUGCAGCAUCAGUUCUUUUGAGACAAAGACUGAAAAAAGAUUGGCCAUCAACAGUUUCAGUUUUUGAAGGCGACAUGAGGGAGAUUGAGCUCCCUGAGAAGGUAGAUAUCCUUGUAUCAGAACUUUUAGGAGGUAUUGGCGAUAACGAAUUAUCUCCUGAAUGUUUGUUCGGAUGCAAUCAAUUCUUAAAUGAAGGAGCAAUUUCUAUUCCAACAAAUUACACUUCAUUUUUGUGUCCAAUUUCUAGCCAUCAUUUAUGGUCUAUGGCGAAUUCUGGCGACUUAGAUACAAUGUACGUUGUGACCAUGAAUUCAGCUAUUUUAGCUUCUGAAGAAAAAGAACUUUUCUCAUUUACUCAUCCAUCAAAAGAUUGUUCGAAUUUUUACACUGAAAAGGUUUUGAAUUUUCAGGUAAAUGAUGAUUUAACAAUCCAUGGAUUCGCUGGAUGGUUCACUUGCCAACUAUAUCAAGAUGUAAAUAUAUCAAACAGCCCAUAUAAUCCAAAGAAAGAAGUAGAAAGUUGGUUCCAGAUUUUCAUUCCAAUAAAGAAGCCAAUUUUUGUAAAGAAAGGCGAUUCAAUUAAAUUAUGGUUUAGUAGAAGAACAGAUGAAUCAAGAGUUUGGUACGAAUGGUCAGUUCUUGAACCAGAACUAAUGCCAAUUCAGAACUCUCUCGGUCGCUCCUAUUCAAUCGGCCUUUCUGCUCACUAA